GUGUGUGUGUGUGUGGCGGGGGGUGCACGGUGGGCAAGUUAGGAGAAAGGGAGGACUUGUUGAGGAAAAACAGCCACCCACACGCGCGCGCACACGCAGUGAGUUCGCACGGCCGCCACCGGUGUCCACGCCACGGUUCGGCGACACGACCUCCUCCUCCCGCUCCCGGUCGGGCGCGAGCAUGGAACCGCCUCCGCGCGCUCUGAACGCGCUUUGAAGCUCCACGCGAGUUUCUUCACACGUGUGACCGGGACACGGCCGGGCGGGACGUUUUUGUUGGGCUCGCGCCAGCGUGUGAAGCGAGCGCGUCCGUCGCCGGCCGAUGAGCCGCUCUCUCUCCGCGUCCCCGUGAAUCAUGUCCCGCCGGAAGCAGAAGCGUCCGCAGCAGCUCGUGAACUCGGCGUUCGGGAGCGCGCGGAUACUGACGCAAGAUGAACAACUGGCAGUGAAGUCGCUGUCGGGUUUCCUUGCCGCAGACUCCUCUUCCACUCUGCUGCCGGACUGCCAACCUUCGCUGGCUCCCUGCCCCUCUCCCGGGGGCCUGCACAAUCCCUCUCUGCCUGCUGAGACGUCUCCCCCCUCCCACUCCCCCAGCCAGCCCACCCCAUUCCCCUCCUCCAAUUCUGAGAGUCACUCAUCCCACUCGCCGGACUUUCCGCACCCCUCCCUGUCCUCUCGGGCCCAGUCCCCUACCCAGCAUUCCAGCAGCCUGGCACCUUCCUCGCAGACCCAGUCACGCUCUCUAAUGGCCUCCCCCAAGAUGGGUGUUUCUGCAACCACCACCACCUCUUCCUCCUCUUCGUCUUCCUCCUGUGCCCCACCGCACCCAGGCAGCCCAAGUCCAGUCCCCGAAGGCCCACCCAGCCCAAUCACUCCAGCCCCCAGCCCUGGCGACCCACCCCGCACCCACCUGAGCAUUGCGGUCAUCCUGGAGGAGCUGCGGGUCCUGCAACAGCGGCAGAUCUACCAGAUGCAGAUGACCGAGGAGAUUUGCAAGCAGGUGCUGCAGCUGGGUGGGGUUACGUGUGGCCUGGAUUCUCCUCCGCUCCCGCAGCUGUGCUUGGAGGGCAGCGAGAGCACGUCCGGAGCGCCCCUGCCUUUAACCACCCAGGCCUCUGCUCCCCCUCUGCUGGCCUGCUUUCCGUCCCUGGUGCCGCAAAGUGUGUCCAAGCCCAAGACACCCCACCCGAUGUCUCAAGUAUUAAGGCCACUCAAACCUCAGUAUGACGGGAUUGGUGGCACGGGAGCCCGAGUUUACCCCGGAAGCAAUGCCCGUGCGUCCUCUUCGUCCUCUUCUUCCACAUCCUCGUCCUCCUCCGUAGCCACCACGGCGGUAUCCCACUACCCUCUCUCUCUCUCUCUGGGCAUGCCGCCCCGUUACCUCCACGAGAAGUCGCCCAACACCACCUCGGCGAAUGCUGCCACUCUCCCGUUCUUUACUCCCCCCCUGCCGGCUUCCGCUUCUAUGCCCAGCACCUCCCAGGAGCCCCAGCAAUUCAGCUCCGGGUCCGGUACGUCUUCGGGGCCCUCUCUGGGGCGUCCGUCUCACGCCUGCCGCUUCUGCGGGAAGCUGUUCAGCAGCGACUCCUCCCUGCAGAUCCACCUGCGCUCCCACACUGGAGAGCGGCCCUACCAGUGUCCCGUGUGCCUCAGCCGCUUCACGACUCGUGGGAACCUCAAGGUGCACUUCCUGCGGCACCGGGAGCAGAACCCAGAGCUCUCGCUCUCUCUGCUGCCCCCUUCCCUGUUUGGGGCGGGAGCUGAGCAGAACCAGCCCGCUGGCGGCUCUGGCUCCAGCAUGGUGCAGAAGCGCCGGAAGCGCCGCAGCGAGGAUGAGUUGUUCGGGGAGGCCUCCGAAGGCGUUUCUGGGAGCGGGGCGUUUCCAUUAGGCACAUCCCCGAGUGCCCGUCCCCCUCCGGCUUCCCUACCCCUGCCGCCUAGCGUGGACCUGGCCCUGCUCUCCACUGCCCACUCGCUCCUGCAGCUCAACAGAGCGGCAGCCGCAGCUGCUGCAGCUGCUGCCGUAUCGUCGUCCUCCUCAGCAGCACCGUCCUCCUGUGCCUCCUCCACCUCCCUCACGUCCUCGCUCCUCAGUGCCGCCUCCUCCUCCUCCUCAGCCAUGUCGUCCACAUCUACAUCCUCCGUCACUGGUCUGUACAAAGGAGCCAAGCGCUUUGACGAGAACACGCCGCCGCACCCUGCCAUCCACCCUCACUCCGCCUACUCCCAGCUGGCACAUCUGCCCAAGAUCCUUUUCCCCACAGCACCGUCUCAGCACCACCACCCCAGUCUGGCCCUGCUCCGGCCCCCCGCUCCUCCACCCCCCGGGUCACACCUUGCUGCCCCACACCCACAGCUUACAUUUCCCUUCUCACCCUUCCCUAAGGCACAGGCCUCUUCCUCCCCUUCCUCCUCCUCUUCAGACACGUCUAAGCUCCAGCGGUUGGUGGAGAAGUUGGAGAAGGAUCCCCAGAAGUUAGAGGAAUGCUCCUCAUCAGGCUCCGCGGAGGCUGCGGGGAACAGUGCCGGCACCACCGCCGGGCCUUUUGGCGCAAGCUCGAGCGUCAGUUCCCAUUCCGCCGUCGCCGCGGCUGGCUUCAGCAGAGAGAUGAUGGCAGCCCUGGGUAUGAGCGGCAGCGGCUCGGCCGGAGGCGGAGCCGCUGUGGUGGCGGGCAGCCUCGGCGUGAUGGGCGGCAGUCUACCCUCCCUUGCGCCGAACCAGUGUGCUGUGUGUCUGCGAGUGCUGAGCUGCCCGCGGGCGCUCCGCCUGCACCAAGCCACACAUUUGGGCGACCGCCCGUUCCCCUGCAAGCUGUGUGGCCGCUCCUUCUCCACCAAGGGCAAUCUGCGUGCCCACCAGGCCACGCACCGCUCCCGGCCCCCGGCCCGCGCCCAGAACUCCUGCCCCCUCUGCCAGCGCAAGUUCACCAACGCCCUGGUGCUGCAGCAUCACAUCCGCAUGCACCUGGGGGGGCAGCUUCCGCCUGAUGGCUCGUCUCAGGCCGAGGCUCCACCCGACUCCUCCCCGCAGGGAGAGCCGCACUACUUCGGUGCCAGCGUCGGGGAGCUCAGCAGCAGCCUUGCAAGCUCCAUGCCUGGAUUCAGUCUGGUCACCGCUCAGCCAGGGGGUACGAACCCUUUCCCCAUUUUGGGCGCGAGUGGCACUUCUUUGUCCAUCAGCUCCACGCCGUUGCCUGCUGAAAAAACGAGCCGCAGCCCCUCCGGAUCCUCCAGCCCGGAUCUCAUUCCCCCAGCUGACUUGAGUCCUGAUCCGACUCUGAACCCCAGUGCAGACCCUCCUCCUCCUCCAGGAGGCUCGGACCCCCCCAUCCUGUCUGUCAGCGCACCCAUCUCUGAGGCCCCCCCAGCUGAACAGAAAGGCAGCACCACACCUGCUCUCAAAGGUCACUCCAGUGCAGCUCCCAUCUCUCCCAGUGAGAUGAGUCCCCAGGCCAGUGUGCAGCCACACAACGGAGAUGAAGAUGCCAUUCCCCCUGAUGGCUACAAGGCAAGAGGUCCAGAGGACACUCAUGACUCAGUGAGCCCUGGUGCUCAGAGCAGUGAUGUCUUGCCUGUGUCCAGCCCAGGUGCGAAGCCUGCUUUUAUCCCAGGCUGUGACACAAACCCCUGUCCUGAGAGCAUCGCUUCCUGUCCUACGGGGGUCCCCCACCCAGAUCCGCCUGAUCUCGCCGUAGAAGUCGUCCCAGAACCAGCAGUCAGUGGUACCUCAACGCCCAAGGGUGACAGAGGUGCGGCACGGGAAGUGGACCCAGCGCCGACAACGGCUUCAAAUCCAAGGAGGGACACUAGGGAGGCAGUCUUCCUUGGCUCACCUCCCAAGGAUGAUGGUGGUCAUCCCAAAGCCACGGUUCCUGAGGGUACCCAGCUGACCCCACCCUCAGCAUCACGCCCCCCUGAGAAGAAAACCUACAGCUGCUCCGAGUGUGGGAAGGAGUAUGCCAGUCGCAGUGGCCUCAAGGGACACAUGAAACAUCACGGCGGGGUGGUGAAACCCACUCGUCAGGCCCCCCGCGUUAACGCUGAACGACUCUCCGCGACCUCCGCUGCCCCUACCCUCCCUCCUGCCCCCAGCGGGACGGUGAGCUUCUGGAAUCAGUAUCAGGCUUUUCUGAGCGGCAGUGGUGAGCCACAGAUAGAGCCGGCAUCCAGCCAGUCCAGCGCAAGUCCGGCAGAAAACGCGGAGAUGCGCCGCCCUGCCGAGUCUCCCGGCAAAGCGAAAGCUUUGGAAGAUCCGUGUGCGGCGACCAGCACAGAAGGAGAUGAGGGCGAGGCAGAGGGCGGUCCGGAACCCGAGGGAAAGUGACUUAGUGCUGCCUUGGUGCUUUCGAAAAGACUCUUCUUCCGAGGAAGUAGUUGUCAUUUCCUUUUUGCCGUUUCUUUUUUUUUUAAUCUUUUAACCGGACCUCUGAGUCCAAUAUUUAGGUAGCGUGUGAGUACAUUGAUGAGCUAGUUUGUUAAAUAGUGAAUCGGUGAGCAUGGUUAUUAACUGUUUAGCAGGAAAAGGGGCAGGAAGGGCUGAAAGACGAAGCCGAGUGAACGGAAUUCCCUUGGAGAGGACUCUUAAUCAAGUUGAGACAAAGACGGCUUUAGGCUGUCGGAGGGACGUAGACUGUAGGCCCUGACACCUUUGCUGAUGCGUAGAGAUGUAGCAAUAUAGGACUGAAAAGGGAUUCUCUUGAAAAACUUGAAAGGGCACAAUGGCAGAAUUACACUAUAGAACAUGACUCGGAUUAGAAGGAACUGGGGUUUGAGAACAUGUAAAUACAACUUCUUUUUAAACACUCAUUGUUUCUUAAUGUAAAGUUUACACUGCUCUAUUGUAUUUUUCAUGGUGUGUGUCUUUUUUUUUUUUUUUUUUUUUUUUUUUUUUUUUUUUCUCCCCCCUUCCUUCCCCCCCAGGUUGGUGAACAAGCGCUGGGUCAUAAAUUGUUAGGAUGAUAAAAGGACAACAGGUGUCACAUCGAGAGAGGAUCCUCAUCUGUAAUGGCAUGGGGGGGGGAAUUGUCCUGCUGUCACAUCCUUGGGAAAAUUUACUUCAGUUUCUCCAGUGAGAACUGGCAGAAUUGUAAGUCCUGGUGAAGGAUUUUUGCUAAGAAGCAAAAUAAGUUGUUAUUGGUGUGUUGUUUGUUUGGUAAGACGGUGGAAAUGUUGUUCUUGGACCUACUGUAAAUAGUCUAUAAAAGUUUGGCUGUAAUAACCUUUCAUUUUUAACAUUUAAAGCGGCACUAUGGCAUUGGGCUCCAUUAGAUGUCACCUAGAAGAAAACCAUACGAUGGAAACAUUCCAGCAAUGUUUUCCGUGUCUGUUCUUCUGCUAUUUGAAACACUUCAGGUAGAAGGAUGGUGAGAAUUUAGCAAUGAAUGGGCACAGGUGAAGGUGGCUGUGUCAUCUGUGCCAGCGGCCCUGUCGAUAUAUCCCACACCUGUGACACGUCCAGCCUAUUCCGUAGUGAGGAUGUUUAUCUGUAUUUUAGAAGCUUCCUGCAGGUGACUUUUUAUUGAAGAACAGUGGUACCUGUUUCCAGUCUUGUGAGAUGUGUAUUUUCCAGUUAUGUUCAAUGUUCAGUCAAGACGAAGAAUAAAACCAGUCAUGGAAAAUGUGGACGGCUGAUUUGCUUUUUAUUUGCUUCGACAAAAUAAUUGAACAGAAAAGAAAUAAUGGGUGCCAUUAGGUCAGAGAGGCGUAUUUGCCA